ACCAGACGUCAUGCACGUGGAUUUGUUUACUGGCAGUGAGUGAGCGAGCGCAUAGACCUUUUCUCCUCCUCCUGGUCUUUGGUGAGCAGGAUUUCAUUAACAACGAAGAUGCUUUAUUUUAUCGGUCUUGGACUGGGUGAUGCUCAAGACAUCACAGUUAAAGGGUUAGAAGUUGUCAAGAGAGCGAAGAAGGUGUACCUCGAGGCGUAUACAUCGAUUCUUACUGUGGGAAAAGAAGGUUUAGAGGAAUUCUAUGGCAGGGACUUGAUUCUAGCAGACAGGGACAUGGUUGAGCAGCAAUCGGAUGAACUUUUCAGAGAUGCUCAUGCUGAAGACAUUGCGUUCCUUGUUGUUGGAGACCCAUUUGGUGCAACGACCCACACUGAUUUGGCCCUCAGAGCACGACGGGAAGGGAUUGAGUACAAGGUGAUUCACAAUGCAUCAAUCAUGAAUGCCAUUGGAUGCUGUGGUCUACAGUUGUACAACUUUGGUGAGACAGUCUCCAUUGUGUUUUGGACCGACACCUGGUCGCCAGACAGUUACUACGACAAGAUAGCCAGCAACAUGCGGAACGGUCUGCACUCGCUCUGUCUCCUGGACAUCAAAGUCAAAGAACAGUCCAUCGAGAACAUGAUGAGAGGGAGGAAGAUCUAUGAGCCACCUCGCUACAUGACGGUCAGCCAGGCAGCCUCACAACUGAUCAAAAUACUGGAAAGGAAAAGGGAAUCCGAAGAUCAAGAAAACUUAGCUUUUACGGAAGACACGGUCUGUGUGGGUGUCGCACGUGUUGGAUCUGAUACGCAACAAAUGGCAGCUGGUACCCUGCAGCAGCUGGCAUCAGUGGACCUCGGUGGACCACUGCACUCGUUGGUCAUCGCUGGCAAAAUGCAUCCAUUAGAACUGGAGAUGUUGAGACUGAUCGCCAUAGAAACCUCAUUAUUUGAUCGUUUGUUAGAGCAAGCGGAGAAGAGGUAGUGAAAAUCAUGUGAUUUAAGGAAAAAAAAGCAGAUUUGAAGUUGUACAUAUCCGUAAGUAUAAAUUGUGUUAUAUAUUUUCAUUUGUUGCCCUGAAAAGACAAUCUAAACAUCAUAUUGUUUUAGAUACGAGUCUUGCUUGGGUUAAUGUUCCAGUCAGGAUCCCUUAGAACUGCCACAAGACCGUCACAAGAUCAGCGGUCUGAAUGUCAUUCACAAGCUAUUCAAAGGAAGUACACUGUACAACGAAAGAAUUCUUUGCUCGUUGUUCGCCCUUUCACUUGGGACAGGUCUUGACUUGUGCCGGGGGGGGGGAGGAACCAAGCUUUGAAACAUGAGGGAGGUGGUGACUGAGGCAGCAUCUGCAGUAUUAGAUUCAACAAGAAUGUAUUUGUACUGAUCCUAAUCAAAACGAUGAGAGAUGCCUUAGAGAGUUCUCUCAGUUUGCAAUUCUGUUUUACCCUCUGUAUCCCUUCAUUGUGGAAGGAAGCUGGAAUGUUUGACCAUGCCUGUUGUUAUCAAUUCAAAACACAACAUCAUUUGUAUUCAUAUGCUCUUUUAAUAGUUAGACUGACAGCCGACCACACUCACAUAACAAGAAAAAAUACAGUUCUGGCUUCAAGAAAAUUGCCUUUUUAAGUUAAGCGUUCCAAGACCUAAUGCCGAGGCAACGUAGCAAACAAGACUCUAACCAUUUGACAAGCAAAUCGGAGAGGUUUAGAAUUGGAAGAGAUACAGAUAGAGAACCACUGAAAAAAGUUGAACACUAGAAAAUGUUUCAACGAGAACGGUGACUGUUCAAGUUGGGAACCUUGUGGUUCCUGCUGGGAGCAGGUGUCCUCAAACAGGAACUGUGGUCAGUGCCUUGACAUGCUUUACUUGGGAAUACCAAAUGGCCAGUUCCCAUUACGAACAUGACAAAUUCUCCGAGGAGACUCUCAGAGUGACUGGUCAGUUAAAUCAUUAAUUUGCCACUGGUCGGUGAUCCUUCCAAUCAAGUGACGCAGGAGAUGCUAAAACACUGUAUGAUAACUCUACCCAUUUGUCAACAGCAAAAUAACAAAAAUAUUAACAAUUUCUGUUCAGUCUCAGCCAAAAAAAUAAAAGACACUUUAUUCUAGCUCAAACAGACGGUUGGAAUUUGGAAGAUUUCCAAAUGCCAGCCGCUACUGGUGGAUUAAGCAGGACUUUGGGGUAAAUUCAAAUAUUUAUGCUUACUUUGUUCAGUGAUUUGACCCUAGUUUUACUACAUAUUUCCAAAAGUGGCACUUGGCACGUAACUAAGAAAUUUUAAAAUGCAUGCUAAGUGAAUUAAGAAAACACUUCUCUAAAAACCUCCAGAGGAUGGGCUGACGAUGGUUACACCACAUCUGACCAACCUGCAACGCAAUUUCCUCAGAAAUUAAAAUGUACCUCCACCUCCUAUUUGCAAGGAAUUGUGGUUCCACGUGCAUGUGGACAUCUCUCCUUGGCUCGCAGAUUAAGCACAGAAUUUCUGUCCCACUGAACAUUAAAGCAUUCAAAUAGUCAUAAAAGCAGAAUACUGAAAUUAAUUAGCACAAAAAUUGCCGCUUUCCUUCAACAAUGGAUCAUUAUUUCAUUUUCACAAUUUCACGGCAUCACCCCAAGACAAGGUGAAAUUUGCCCCGCCUACUUACCUGCUGCCAUAUUAUCAGCACAACUCAUUUCUGGAGAAAAUCCCAAUGUCCAGAAUAAGGUGAAAGCAUUUUACAUUUUAGAAGAAAGGCACAGUUAGGGACCCAAUGCAUUUAUGGCUUCAACGUAAGCAUCUCUACAAUAAAAGGAUUUCCGUUUUUUUUUUAUGAAAAGUUUACUUACAAAAUGUUCGUUGUGUAUGUAAUUCUCUAAGGGCAUGUUAAAAUGUUCCCAGCAUAUUAAUUUGAAAGAAAAUAAGCUAAAUAAAUUGGACACAUCUCACAAUCUUAGAAAUAGCUGCUAUGGUAGUUAAUAUUUUGACAGCAGCAUAAAUAAGCAAAUUUAGUGACGUUUUUGGAGAAAUAUCUCCAGGAACCCAAAAAUAGUUUUUAAUUCUGUACUGAUGGAAACCAAGAAAAUAAUCCUUUUCAUU